UGUGGUUUUGUUAAUUUUGUUCGUGUUGAGGAUGCUGUCAGAGCUAAAGAUGAUAUUAUGAAUAGAAUGGGAGGUCGUGUCGGAAAUUGUAUUGUUCGUGUCGGUUAUGGCAAGGCUGACGCAUUGAACAAUCAUGACCUAUCACCUUCUUCUCAAACCCAACUUCAACCCACACGGGCCCUUUGGGUUGGAAAUAUUCCCACUUCCACAACACCUCAGACCUUACAAAAUAUUUUUUCACCAUUUGGUGCUAUUGAAUCGGCCAGGGUCCUUACGCAUAAGAAUUGUGGUUUUGUGAAUUUCGAGAAAUUGGAUGAUGCUGUCAAAGCUAAGAAAGCUUUGCAUGGUAAAGAGGUUCUUGGAAGUGCUGUUGGUCCUGUUAGAAUUGGUUUUGCUAAGGUACAACCAAAACCAUCACCUACAUCGACUCCCGAACCAGGGUCUCCGGCUAUGCGUCAUAUUAGAAACCUUUCGUCUUCCUCAUCCUCUUCUAAUAACCAAAAUUCGGGUACAGCGAAUAAUACCGCAAAUGGUCUUACCGAGAAACAAUUGAUGAUGCGUGAAUUAAGCGGCGGUGUUGAUGACGACAUUGACGACGUGAAUGAAAAUCGUCCUCCUACAACAUAUUUCACCUCUAUCCCACCUGUUGGAGAUCCUAAUCCAAACCGCAAACCAGAUGCUUCUAGGUUAAGAGAAAUUCGAAAACGUUUAGACAGCGGACAUUGUGCUGCUAAGGAAGUUGAAGCUAUUGCUGCUGAAGUUCUAGAUGAAUGUGUUGAAUUAUCAAGCGAUUACAUUGGAAACACUGUUAUUCAAAAAUUAUUUGAACGAUGUACUGAGAAUACAAAGACUAAAAUGUUAGAAAAAAUCGCUCCUCACUUGGCUACCAUUGGUAUUCACAAGAACGGUACUUGGGCUGCACAAAAGAUCAUUGAUUGCGCUAAAACUCCUGCUCAAAUGCAACUCAUUACUGCUAAUGUUAAGUCAUACACUCCUCCGCUCCUUUUGGAUCAAUUUGGAAAUUAUGUAGUACAAUGUUGCUUACGCCUUACCGCUCAACGUAAUCAAUUCAUUUUCGAUGCAAUGGUCGAUCGAUGUUGGGAAAUAGCACAAGGCCGUUUUGGUGCCCGUGCAAUGAGAGCCUGUUUAGAAAGUCAACAUGUAACCAAAAAGCAACAGAAACAAGUAGCAAUUGCCAUUGUCAUGAAUGCUGUACCGCUAUCUACUAAUCCGAACGGCGCAUUAUUAUUAACAUGGAUGCUUGAUACUUCUUCAUUCCCUGGUCGUUAUCGUGUGUUAGCUCCACGUCUUGCCCCUCAUUUAGCACAUUUAUGUACACAUAAGCUAGCAUCGUUGACUGUUCUCAAGAUUAUUAAUCAACGACAAGAAGCUGAUGCACGUGAUCUUACGAUUACGUCAUUGUUUUUCUCCGCAAAUGACCAAGUGUUAGAAGAUGUACUUAGCGAUCAAGUUCACGGAGUUGGUGUUGUACAAAAGGUAUUGGCCAGUCCAUAUGUAGAUCCUUCUGAAAAGACACGGCUAGCCGAAAAAGUGAAAUUUGUUUUGGGGAAAUUGAAGGUACAACAAGUACAAGGAUAUAAACGCUUACUUGAAGAACUUGGUAUGGUGGGAGAUCCAACUCUUGGUAGUACACCUUUGAAUUCCGGACCUUCCCAAGUUGGUAUUCCUCCACAAGGAGUGUUCCCUAGUCCCUUGCCACCUGAUUUAGCCGCCGCUGCCGCUUAUUAUGCAGCAGCACAAGCUGCUUUUGCAAAUCAACAAUUACAGCAAGUUGCUUCAGGAACUCCAUCACCUGAAAAUAAUAGUUCACCACAUGAACAACUUGGAUCUCAAUCUUCAAUCAAUCCUUCUUCAAGCGAAGGAUCAUCAUCAUCAGCUGCACAAACUUCCACAUCUGUAUCAUCCACGCCUUCGUCUGCAUAUCCACCAACACCAAUGUUUAUGAAUAAUAUGCCAAUGUCCCCUCAUCCUCAUUCACCAUUUCCACCUACUUCACCUUAUCCGCACAUGAGUCCUUUCCCACCUUUCAUCCAUCCAUCGGCAUUAGCGGCAGUAGCAGCUGGAAUGUAUGGACAUCCCGCCGCGAUGUUCAGCCCAGCAGCGUAUCCUUAUAUGCUCGCAGCUUCUAGUGCUAUGCCACCACCAAUGAUGAAUGCAGCACCACCUACACCAGUUGAAGUCACAGUCCAAGCUCAACAAUAA